AUGUGGUUGAUUGAUACUACAACUCUAUCCCUUCGACUAUUCGCUCGUUCUGAAGGCGUCGAAUAUGCCAUCCUCUCACACACCUGGGGAGGAGACGAUGAGGAAGUCACUUUCCAAGACAUGGCAGAUAUCGCUCACUGCGAGACAAAGGCCGGCUGGGCAAAGAUAAAAAAGACGUGCCAACUCGCAAAGAACAUGGGCUUGGAUUACGCCUGGGUCGAUACUUGCUGUAUCGACAAAACCAGCAGCGCCGAGCUGAGUGAGGCCAUAAACUCCAUGUUUUCAUGGUAUCGGGAUUCCAAGAUAUGUUUCGUCUACUUGUGUACUCGGAUACACGAGCCGCAGUUACAUUCCAGUGGCAACCUCUUGGACGACGAGUUGGCCAGCUACAGGUGGUUUCAGAGAGGCUGGACACUUCAGGAGCUGAUUGCACCAUCCCAUAUGAGCUUUUUUAACGAAGACUGGGAAAUUCUAGGAACCAAAGAAUCACUGAGGGAUCACUUGGCAAGGAUCACUGGCAUCGACACUGUAGUUCUCAAGAGCGUUGAGACACUGCAGAAUAUCAAUAUUGGCAAGAGGUUUUCAUGGGCAGCCAAGCGGGAGACCAAGAGAGCCGAAGAUAUCGCCUACUGUCUCUUGGGUAUCUUUGGCAUAAACAUGCCUCUUCUUUAUGGAGAGGGUUCCAGGGCAUUCAUAAGGCUACAGGAGGAGAUAGCCCGCUCAACAAACGACCUCACCUUGUUUGCCUGGCAGCAAUCCAGAAAGUCGGCCGGGUCUAACUGGCAGCUCAGCGGUAUCUUUGCCACCUCGCCCAACGAGUUUCGUCAUUGCGACAAACUACUUGUUCCCCGGGGAAAGCUCGAGGCAGAAACCGAGUUCACCCUGACAAACAGAGGACUACGGUUCGAUAGGAACUUUGACGUGAGCUACCCCGGAUUCGACUCUAAUGAAAAUCAUCUACCAGAGGGUGAUUUAUUCAUGAGGCUGGACUGUCUCGAGAGGAGCGAACGCACCCGCCAUGAGGCGAGAUGGGUCGGCAUUGCACUGCGCAGGAUUGGAACAACCUACCUCAGGUUGUUUCCCGACGCUCUUCAAUAUUGCUCUUCCAUGGUUACACACAAAGUCUCUCAGGUCAGGCAAGUUGUCUAUAUUGCAGCAUCCCUAUCUGAUUCAGACGCCGAAAUAAUCACCAAGAAUAUCAUGGUCGGCAUAUACUACAACAGCAUUCCAAGAUCUCCUAUCAUGAACACUGGGGAGGCCAUCUAA